AGAUACUGUUGUGGUCACCUCUGGAAAAUACAUUCUGCUACUCUUAAAAACUAGCGACGCUCAUACAAAUCAACAGAAAGAGCUUCUGAAGGAAGACUUUAAAGCUGCUUCUGCCACGUGGUGCUGGGUCUCAGUCCUCCACUUCCCGUGUCCUCUGGAAGUUGUCAGGAGCAAUGUUCCGCUUCUACGUGUUGGUAAUGGGAGUUUCUGCCUUCACCCUUCAGCCUGUGGCACACACAGGGGCUGCCAGAAGCUGCCGGUUUCGUGGGCGGCAUUACAAGCGGGAGUUCAGGCUGGAAGGGGAGCCUGUGGCCCUGAGGUGCCCCCAGGUGCCCUACUGGUUGUGGGCCUCUGUCAGCCCCCGCAUCAACCUGACAUGGCAUAAAAAUGACUCUGCUAGGACGGUCCCAGGAGAAGAAGAGACACGGAUGUGGGCCCAGGACGGUGCUCUGUGGCUUCUGCCAGCCUUGCAGGAGGACUCUGGCACCUACGUCUGCACUACUAGAAAUGCUUCUUACUGUGACAAAAUGUCCAUUGAGCUCAGAGUUUUUGAGAAUACAGAUGCUUCCCUGCCGUUCAUCUCAUACCCGCAAAUUUUAACCUUGUCAACCUCUGGGGUAUUAGUAUGCCCUGACCUGAGGGAAUUCACCCGUGACAAAACUGACGUGAAGAUUCAAUGGUACAAGGAUUCUCUUCUUUUGGAUAAAGACAAUGAGAAAUUUCUAAGUGUGAGGGGGACCACUCACUUACUCGUACACAAUGUGGCCCUGGAAGAUGCGGGCUAUUACCGCUGUGUCCUGACAUUUGCCCAUGAAGGCCAGCAAUACAACAUCACUAGGAGUAUUGAGCUACGCAUCAAGAAAAAAAAAGAAGAGACAAUUCCUGUGAUCAUUUCCCCCCUCAAGACCAUAUCAGCUUCUCUGGGGUCAAGACUGACAAUCCCGUGUAAGGUGUUUCUGGGAACCGGCACACCCUUAACCACCAUGCUGUGGUGGACGGCCAAUGAUACCCACAUAGAGAGCGCCUACCCGGGAGGCCGCGUGACUGAGGGGCCACGCCAGGAAUAUUCAGAAAACAAUGAGAACUACAUUGAAGUGCCAUUGAUCUUUGAUCCUGUCACAAGAGAGGAUUUGCACAUGGAUUUUAAAUGUGUUGUCCAUAAUACCCUGAGUUUUCAGACACUACGCACCACAGUCAAGGAAGCCUCCUCCACGUUCUCCUGGGGCAUUGUGCUGGCCCCACUUUCACUGGCCUUCUUGGUUUUGGGGGGAAUAUGGAUGCACAGACGGUGCAAACACAGAACUGGAAAAGCAGAUGGUCUGACUGUGCUAUGGCCUCGUCAUCAAGACUUUCAAUCCUAUCCCAAGUAAAAUAAACGGAAUGAAAUAAUUCAAA